UUAAGUUGGAAAUUAUAAAACCCGCACUCAAACGGUAAUACUUUCGCUCCACGAAACCCGAAAUCGACAGGAAACCUUCUCUGCAUGCAUUUUGUUGCAGUAUAUAAACACAUGCCGCUAACCCCAUCAGAUCAACAUCGUCGUAGUUGUCGAGGAAAAAGCAAAGCACCUAGCUUCUGCGGCGUCUCAAGCCAUUAGCUUCCAGAACCGACGCAGAGGUCUCAAAAAGUAAAAAUAAAAAGCACCGGCGCACGGCCGCUCAGCUUUCUUGGUUUACAUCUCUCUUCGGCAUUGGUUGGUUGAAAGCGAGGGAAAACUUUUGUUAUCGGUAUAGAACAUGGGGCAAAGAAAUAAGCUAUGCACUAAUCAGAUGACUGAUUUUGAAUGGGGUCGACAUGGCCAGAAUUAUAUCCGUCCUGAGAACCCUGCAUCCUUUACACAACCUAAUAUCAGAACAAUGGCAUCAGCUUCAGAUAACGCAGCUAAUGUCGACGCCCAAUUUGUAGUAGACCACUGUGACAAUGUCAUAAACCCUGGGAUGACGCAGUUCAAUGAAAUUCAGCAUCAUCAUAAUCUAGGUGUUGCACCUGCAACCAACUUUCGUUGUUCUGAGUCUUCUGACAUGACACCUUCAUUUGGGGCCUCCAGUCAGUUGUCAUCUUCCAGCAAUUAUGGAGUCAUUGGCGGUUCUGCAGAUGAGCAUGGAAGGAACUUUCACUUCAGGGAUGAUGUCAGGGUUCCACGCGAGAGAAAAUAUUCUGAAGGAAUUUCUGGUAGUUUUCAACAUGGUAAUUCCUCGUCAAGCUUUAGUUCUUCAGUUGCCCCCUCAAAUAAUAGGCAUCCUGAAGGAGUUCUUGUGAUUGAUUCUGCACCUUUUGCCCUGCCUGAGUAUAGAGGGCCUCGUUUUCCAUCAAUCAUAAGAGUAGGACACCCAAGUAGUUUGAGGAACAGAUCAAGCUUUACUGGGAUGGAUUUUCUUAGGUUCCAUGAUCAUACUCAAUUGAUUCAAGACAAUAAUACGGUUCAGUAUAUUCAACCAGCUGGUACUCUCUCGUUGGACCAACAGUUGAGUAGUCAUCUUGGUGAUAGGGGUACUUCAUCCUGGAACCAGGCUUCUGCAACACCCUACGUGCAUGAUACCAUUUUUUUUUUCACAGUUAUCACGGGCAGCAAUGUCAAUGGAGGUUCUAUGGAUACCCGGAGCAUUGGCAUGCAGAGAUACCAUGAGACAGCUGGCAGCAGUAGUUCUCCUAGUUUUCCGCAUCCUCCUCCCAUCAACCACCGGCACCACAAUCAUCAUCAUCCAAACCUGCCAAUGCAAGGAGUGCGAGGCCAGAAUAUUAAUUCUCACCCCCAAGUGGCUGCAGCUUCAUAUAGAAUUCCUACAAAUCCUUCGCGCAGCGCUCUGCGUCCUGCUCAUAACAGUUUGGAGAUGGGUCAUAGGCAUCCUGUAUCUGUUCAAUCAACUGGACUUCAGAUAUAUCAUCCUCACAGAAGGGGAUUUGUGCCUGAGGCAACUCUUAGACAACACAGCUUGCCACACUUGAGAGUUCUACAGGCUGAUGAAACUGCCGUGAUAGAUCUGCCAGAAUUUUAUCAGGUGGUGAACCUGAUGGACCAUAACAGAGACACACGAUUGGAUGUUGAAGAGCACGUGUCUUAUGAGGUACGCUCAGGACAUCUAAUUACGUAUAAUCCUUACCAGGAAAACUAUAUUGGCAUAGAUAAUGAACUGCUUGCAUUGGGGGAACAGAUUGGGAAAAUAAGCACUGGGUUGUCGAUGGAAGUGAUCACAAGUCAAUUAAGGACAAAAACUUAUGAAUCAUUCGCUACCAUUAACAAUCUGGAGGAGGCAACUUGUGAGGAUCAGGAAGCUGAUUUAUGCGUUAUAUGUCAGGAUGAAUACAAGAACCAAGAGAAUAUAGGACUUCUUGAUUGUGGGCAUGAGUAUCAUGCGGAUUGCUUAAAGAAGUGGCUGCUCGUUAGGAAUGUCUGCCCCAUAUGCAAAUCUGAAGCACUGACCACAGGAAGGAAGGAUGCAUAGAAAUGGGGUGCGAGUUGGAAGAUUAAAGUGAAAAACUUUUCCAUUUGUAUUUUCACUUUAAAGCUCACUGCAGUAACAAGUUGAUAUUUUGAACGUGUACUAGCGCGUAGGACUAACAGUUACAUUGCCCCACUCAUUUAUUGGCUGGUUUCUGGAAAACUGUACGCACUUUCUCGUGUGAGUGUGC